AUGACUUGGGGUCCAGUUUGUAUUGUGGUUAUUUUUGAGACAGCUGGGUUUGAUAUCCCGAGGGAAAUCUUCGCCACAGUAAUUUCCUUGAUGUUCUCGAGUAGUUAUGUAAAUCCGAUUAUCUAUGGGAUAAUGAAUCCACAGUUACAACUGGCCUUCAAAAGAGCACUGAGUUGUGGUCGCUAUGGCAAUAAUAAUGUAAGCCAGAACUGUAAAGGUACUGAACCAGACAAACGUUGAAGGCUGACGGUGUCCGCGGAACAUUCUACGCGAAGUAUAACAUUGACGACCGAGCGAAGCGUUUCAGAGCUACUUAUGUCAUAAUGUUUGGCAGUAUCUUGAGUAGUAGGUAUCUGAUUCUGGUGUUGUGGUAGCGUUCUACACACUCAAUUUGAAGAGACGAUGGGAAAAGCAGAGCGCCAGUUUUCUCUCGUGUGAUUCUGCCCCAUCCGUUCGACUCCGCUGACCAAUAGACGUGCACUGGCUGACACUUUAACCAUGCACUUCGUUCAUUGCAAGCCUUACUGUAAUAUUUCUUUUACCUGUUAUUAAACUUCCUCUUGAUUAUCAACACUGGCAUAUUAGCUUCUGUUGAUCACUACAGAUACUGCACUUAAAGUAUCUUAAUAAAUACCCAGAUUGCAUUGCAACCUUCUUUAACUUUAAUAAGUGUUAUAAGGUAGAGUAUUAGAGUUAGUCGGUUGAUUGUAUGUACCGUGAGUAACAUGAAAAUUGAAAUGACUCCUUAACAUGUGUGUAAUUUAAGGCACUAAUGGUGAUUUUUCUGUGUAAGGGCCUGUUUACAUGGAGGUGGGGGACCCAAGGUAGGUGAGGUAACCCGCCUGUCCAUAUAAUUUCUUAUUUUAUUUUGAUCACGUUUACAUGAUAUGUGGGGUGACCCGCCUAGGCGGGUUGCCCGGUCUGCCAGGUAGGGUAACCCUGUCAGCCGGGGUGACAAUUUGCCAUGUAAACGUGUCAAGGUGGGGUAACCCGCCUAGCCGGGCUUGCGUUCAUGGCAAAAAGCUCAAAAGCGAAACAUGUAUGUUUUAAAUCUUCGUUCAUUUCCUAGCCGUCUCAUGGCAAAAAUCACCAGAAACCGCUACGGAUACACAAGGAGUUUAAAAUGUUCACAUUUCAGAAUAUUUAGCGAUGUAAAUCGACCACAUUUGGUUUUCCAAACUAUUCCGUAUAACGUAUUAAGUCAACGGUUCCUUGCGAAGCCAAACACCGCGUAACACAAUGUGUGACACUUCAUGAAAAAUACAUUUGUAUCCGAGAAUUAAUCUUUCGUCUUUUUCGAGAUAUGAACUUGGGACGCCUCUGUUCAAACUCCUUAAUUGCAAGCGCAACAAAAACCUCCAGGAACCUCACCACAGCACCCCGGGGUUUUAAGAUUGCGUGUAAACACGUUUAUUUUUCGACCACGGCUAGUCGGGUUACCUCACCUACCUGGGGUCCCCCACCACCAUGUAAACAGGCCCUUAUUCACGAAAAAAGAGAAGUUAAAAGAAAAAAUUGCAGGGUUUUUUAACUAAGUUUGAUGUUUCAACAUAAGUCUGAAAUUUUCCUCAGAAUACGAAAAGCUUGAUUGUAUUGUGUACCCCAUGGCUACGUUCCCUUACCUUGGCAACACCCUCCUUUCACGGUGGGGUGGGGGAAGGAUAACCGUCUUAUAACAAGAAAUUUUUUGCUUGUAUUUUCAGCCAGGUAAUAAAGAAUCUGCAUUCGUUGGAGGAGAGUAAAUAGGCUUUUUAGCCGGAGGGUUUUUUCUCGAUGCAAAACUAAAUUCUUAUAACUAAUCAAAGAGGAAAUUCAAAGUAACCAAAAGGGAGACUUACUCAUUAGAUCUGGAAUUAAACGGGUAAAGGUGGCGCACAACUAUGCAUUUUGCUGAUAGAAGCUAUUUUAUGGAAAAUUUUAAGGCACUAAAUCUUUAUCAAUAUACGUUAUUGCUCGAUCUCUUAAGUUCUCUCUCAUUAAAUCUUAGUUAACUUGAACGGGGUAAAGAGCCUCAUAAGGUACACUAUUCAAAUUACCUCGAAAAAGUUGUUUUCCGGUCCAUACGAAAAAAGAAAUACAGACUGUAAUUAGUUUUCUUCAAAUUUGGUGGUAGAGAGAGUCAAGAUAGUAAAGAGUCAACUGCCAGUAUGGCACUAGUGUCCAAAAUCAAAAACCGGCCACUAGUGUCCAAAAUCCAAAUCGGCCACUAGGGUCCAAAAUCCAAAAUCGGCCACUAAGGUCCAAAAUCCAAAAUCGGCCACUAGAGUCUAAAAUCCAAAAUCGGCCACUAGGGUCCAAAAUCCAAAAUCGGCCACUAGUGUUUUAAUCACUUUAAGAGCCAAAGUAGUGAAUAAAAAAUACAUUAUGAACCAUAAAUCAAUAGCGGUGAGAAAUGCGGAAACUUGACAGAAACUAACAAAUCACUCAUAAAACAAAAUAGUCAAUUCGCACCUCGCGGAAGCUCCAUUAAUAUUUGCCUUGUAUGAUACGUGCGUUAUUUGCGAUAGUUUAUUUUCAGAGAAGCGAGUAAUAAUUAAUGUUCUCCCUGAAGGGUCACUCACUUUGCAGCUGCAUCCAUUUGAAUGUUCUCGUGGAUAAAAUGUCGUAAAAAGGAUUUUUUUCUCUUUUUCAACGUCCCUUGGUCAGUGACUUGCGAUUAGAUACUAGUGAGAUAGAAGAAGACUUUGAUUACGCUGUCUCAGUUUGAAUCAGUACGAAGCGAAGGUUUCAAAUAUCAAUAUCAUUGCAGGAAAAGGUGAGUUGAAUAGUGGGCCUGGUUGAGUAGUAAAGAUUCAAAAAGUUCCAAAGGUAACUUUCAAAAAAAUUUUCUUUUUCGCUUGAAACCGCUUCUUCUUAAUAAAUGCAAGACCUUUGCCUUAUUAUUAAUCACACAUGAGAAGCAUUCUUGAUUUUCUUUUGAAUUUCCAUCGAGGAGAGCCAAAGCCUCUGGCUUCACAUUGCAUGCAAAGAAAUUUGCUGUCAAAGGGGAAAGGAAAUUUUUGCCUGAUAAUUGUGGCAUGCCCAUGAAUUCUCCAAAAAUUGUCCCGCGUGGGAUCUGUCCAAGAGCAGAUGCAAGGCACCAUUAUAUAGAAUAGUGUAAAAUCUAUUUGUGGCUUUGUUGUGCAAGCUGUACCUAUAGACCAGCAAAUAAUAACACAGUAAAUGAGUAACCGCGGAUUAUAAAAGAAACAUUAUAUGCAUUUUCAUGUAAACUGGUUGAAAAUUGUCGAAGGUUAAAAAGGCCGGCCACGUUUUUUGGUUGAAUACAUCGCCAAAGAACCGAAGAAGAGCAGACUUUAGAAAUUUCAAUAUCUAGAUUGAUGUUUAUUUUAACCAGGCACUAUAAAGUUUGACAAAGUGCUCCGUGAUUAAAAAUCACCCUCGUUAGAAGAUCUUCCUUCAAGCUAGUUGGUAAGUUAUAGUAGUGAUUCACCGCAGUACCGGUAAGUGCUCAACGGGCCUCGAUUACUAAUUAAGCCCUUUAUUUUUCUUUCUUGGGAUAAGCAAUAACAGUUCAAUCAAGCAAAUUUGAAUUUGCUUCUCGCCCCAAGUUGAUUAACACAAAUGCGAGAAUUAAAAAAUCAAAACAAAUUUCCUCGGGAGUUGAAAGCAUGUAAUUCUGAAUUUCAAAUUUGAGUAUUUCGCUUGUAAAUAAUUAUUUUGUGCUUCCACUUCAAAGUAAGAUUCGCAAAAAACUGGAACAGAUAAACUUAACUCUCUUAGUACAUUGAAAAGAUGUUUCAAUCAACUAGAAAACUCCAAAUGUCUUCAUUAAUGCAUGAAUUGACGACUAAAGGGUGAGGAAAAAAUGUGAAACAACCUUGGAUAACGUUGGCAAGCCUGGACACAAAGGGACAUUUUACAUCUUUUGGUAAAGUUUCCGUACAGCCCCAUACUAUUGCAAAACAAAUCUGUUUUCCCAAUAGAAAUGUAUUGUUUUUGUCAUUGUUUUCUCUAUUCAAGAACUGAAUGCAUAAUGUAGGAUGGGGCUGUGCGGAAAUUUUACCCAUCUUUUUUUCCCCCAAUUUUCGGCAACGUUUUUCAAUAUCAUGCUUAAAUAUAUGGGAGAUAAAAGCAAAUUUGAUCGGAAGUGAUCAAUAAACUGUUCAUUCUCCGAAACAGAUUUCAUGUUAAUCUCAGUCCUCGGUCUCACUCUCCACAGAAUAAUCGCACCACCAGAAGCGUUGAUGAAAAUUAGAAGUGUCUAUUAAAACACUCGUUGCUUUUCUUAAUCAUAAAUGCUAAUGAUUUCUCAAGGUGUAUACAGCUAACAGGUCGCAAGAACAUAAUCAGUAGUAAGUUUUAUUCUUUCAAACAAAAAGUGAAUUCCGGUCCUCUAUUGUCAGCACUCUUUAUUUGAUGCUUUGUGUUGAUUGAUGUUUAUCUCUUGAUGUUUAGGCCCUUUUAUCUUCCAGCCUGCUUCACCACAAAAUGGUGAACAAUUCUGACUCAAUUGCUACAGAUCCUCUUGGUCGUUCGCGCACUGAAAUUGGUUUCGAGGUGAGCCUGGCCAUUCUCGUUUGCCUUGCCUGUAUACCUGGAAAUCUGCUUGUUAUUUAUGUGAUUAAUAAAGACUCCAGGCUCAAGAGUAUCACCAACACUUUCAUCCGCAAUCUGGCACUAACUGACAUCUCCAUGGCGACGCUUCACAUGCCAUUUUGGAUCGUGAGCCUCUAUACUGGAGCUUGGAAUUUCUCCCAACGGUGGUGCGAGAUAUCUGCAAUGAUACAAUUUACGCUGGGUAUCGCUUCCAUUCUAAAUAUGGGCGUAAUUGCACUAAAUCGAUAUAUAAGAGUUGUAAAACCAGCCCUUUAUAGCAGAAUAUUUCCCAGCAAGAGAACUGCUUGGUUUUACUGUGUUCUUGUCUGGUUGGUUGCUCUCCUAUGCGCCACACCUCCGUUGUACGGAUGGGGAAAGUUUGAAUUUCACGCGAAAUUCUCUGUCUGUACUUUCAGUUGGAAGAUAGAACAAAUUUCGUACCUCUUAUUAGUUGUUGGUGGGGUUGUAAACGGUUGUACAGUUGCAAUAUUUUAUUGCUACUAUAAAAUAUACCAAACAGUGAAACAAAGCUCGCUAAAUUUAAACGCGCACAACGUAGGGAAUCAGUGUGUCAAUGCUCGCCGUACGGACAUAAAAUUGUUGAAGGCAAGUUUUACUGUGGUUUGUGUUUUUGUGAUGACCUGGGGUCCAGUUUCCAUUGUGGUUGUUAUUGAGACUGCCGGGUGCAAAAUCCCGAGAGAAAUCUUCGCAACAGUUAUCUACCUGAUGUUCUCGAGUAGUUAUGUAAAUCCGAUUAUCUAUGGAAUAAUGAAUCCACAGUUCCAGCUGGCCUUCAAAAAAGCCCUAAGCUGUGGUCGGUAUGGCAACGAUAAUGUAAACCAGAACUGUACAGGAAAUGGAGCAAGCAAACGCACAACGAAUGAUGAAGGUCGACUAGCGGUCUCCACGCAAAAUUCUGCGUUUAGUAAAACACUGACGACUGAACAAAGCGUUUCAGAGCACAAAGAUGCUACAAUGUUAGGCAGUGUCCUGGAGUAG